AGCCCAUAUACAUCAGUCCCCACUUUCAUUUUCCAAAUUCCAAUUUUACCCCUUCCCUUUUUCACCUUCGCUCGUUUUUCUCCGUCGCCGGCGAAUCCCGACUUCAAUCGCCGCCGUCCCGCAAUCGCUAAACUUUUCGAAACCGUAGCGUUCGAGGAUGAUGAAUCAAAUGCAAAGGAUCCUCGCUGCUCGUCGGUUAUCUCCCUCAAUCAUACCUCCGUCGUGCUUCCUUCACCGGCGGUGGUUCUCGACCUCAGAAACUGAUGCUUCUUCUAGGCAUCAAAAGAUCGAAACUUUGGAAGACAAAGCUUCUUCUAACAAAAGCCGAAUCACACCGUCGACAACGUCUUCUCUCAAUGAACAAGAACUUGCCAAAUUCUCUGCCAUUGCUGAUACCUGGUGGCAUUCUGAAGGGCCCUUUAAACCGUUGCAUCUGAUGAACCCAACUCGGUUGGCUUUCAUCCGCUCCACCUUAUGCAGGCAUUUCAGUAAGGAUCCGAGUUCCGCUAGGCCUUUUGAAGGACUGAGACUUAUUGAUGUUGGUUGUGGCGGUGGACUUCUUUCCGAGCCUCUAGCACGGAUGGGAGCAACUGUCACAGGAAUUGAUGCUGUUGAUAAGAAUAUCAAGAUUGCUCGUCUUCACGCUGAUAUGGAUCCAAUGACUUCAACUAUUGAAUACCAAUGUACUACAGCAGAAAAGCUAGUGGAGGAGGGGAGGACGUUUGAUGCUGUUCUUGCCUUAGAGGUCAUAGAGCAUGUAGCCAACCCUGCAGAGUUCUGCAAGUCCUUGUCAGCAUUGACCAUCCCCAACGGAGCCACGAUACUUUCCACAAUUAACCGCUCCAUGCGAUCGUAUGCAUCAGCCAUCGUUGCAGCAGAGUACAUCCUACAAUGGCUUCCUAAAGGCACACACGAGUGGUCAAGUUUUCUAACUCCUGAAGAACUUACUAUGAUACUACAACGCACUUCAGUCGAUGUGAAGGAGAUGGCUGGAUUUGUGUACAACCCUAUAACAGGAAGAUGGUUACUGUCAGAUGACACAAGUGUGAACUUCAUCGCUUAUGGAACGAGAAAGAAUGAUAUUGGAGGAGAUAUCUAAUAGAUUGUUUCUGCAUAUCUGCCUCUGAAAGUUGCUUAGGACAGAACAGUAGUUAAAUUUGCAAUAAGUGAGAGUGAUCUGAGGUUACUUUACUUGUCUGUUAUCCAUUCAGUUCUUAAAUUCGCAGUAAGAGUGAUCUGUGGAUACAGUUCCAAACUUUAUUAUUGUAGUUUCUAAAUUGAAACAAUUACGAGA